GAAGGUUUCUUGGUUAGCUGUGUAGGCGUCGGUUUAAUCCGUUGCAGAUUCUGUAUUAUUCGUCGCUCCUCGUGUACACAGUGCACUUGUUUUAGGUUGCUAUCUAUUCGGAUUAUUACUUGCUAACGGGUGCAGUGUUGCACUUUUAACGUUUUUGUUUGACCGGAGCGAAUGACAGAGCACCCUACUGCAGACUGGCUUUAGUUCAUCCCGGUUUUUUUUUUUUUUGGCGCACUCACCUAAACAUGGCUAAAUUUCUGGUUUUGGGUUUUGAGCGCUUCACGAAGAAACAGCGGAACAUCUGUAUCCGUAGCUCUCUGAGGAUGUUUUGCAAAGGAUGCGGGACUCUGUGCACGGCCCAGUCUCUCAGGCGAAGCCCACAGGGAGCCCCAAAGGAGACCCAGUCCCACAGCCAGGACCCACUGCGCCCGAGGUGCAGGAGGAGCUCCGUCACAGGUACGAGCGGGUGCAGGAGAUGGUGCAGGAGGAGCUGGCGCGGAUCACGCGGCAGGAGAGGGAGGCGGGGCAGGGGGACGUCAACACCGCCGUGCUGCGGGAGAGGGCGCACGGCCGGGACGAGGCGGAGAGGGCCAAACAGCUGGAAAAGCAUCUGGAUAGAAAAGAGGCGGAGCUGAAGAAUCUGGCUGCCUUUUAUAAAGAGCAGCUGACACUGCUGGAGAAGAAGAACCUGGACUACUACAACCUGACGUCCGAGCUGUACCAGGAGGCCGCCACCAAGGCGGAGGCCCACGUGAAGCCCCGGACCAUAUCCCCCAUCUGCACUGGCCUUCAGGCUCAGGUCCUGGACUGUUACCGCAGCAACCAGAAAGAGACGCUCCACUGCUCCAACCUGGCCAAAGAGUACAUGCAGUGCAUUAACGCCGCCAAGAAGAGCCUGCUGGUGAAUCACGGCUGAAGAGGGGGUACCGUCAGGCCCCGCCCCCCCGCCCCCCCCGAACCCGAGCGGCACCCGUCACUCCCGAUCAUCUCGCUCGUUAGCGCGGGGGCCGAGCGGCGGGCGGCCCAAAGCAUGCCUGCUCCCCCUCUCCUGUGCUCUCUGAGUGUAUUCUCUUGAUUUAUUUUGAAAUUGCACUACUCCAUCCGUCAGGGCGAAACAAAUCCGUCCAAACCCGAAGAACAAAACACAAAAAAAAUUUAAAACAACGAGAGAUUGAAGGAUGGGGCCUUUGUUGUGUGAGCUUUGAGUUUUAAUGCCGAACCCAGGAGCGCCUGAACAACGUUGCGGUUGCAGAUUGUAUUUUACUCAUAACUUCAUUAAAGUGUGUCGUUCCCGACAACGA